UGAUUAUAUGCUUUUUUACCUGUCCCUCUCUCUCUUUCGCUCUCUGUCAGACUGUACAGGUCUUCUGUAUCAGACUGCACCUCUCUCUCGUUUGAUUCCCACAUUUUGGCUCUUUUUCUCUCUUUCUGCUGAUAACUCUGCUGGUUUUUGAAGAUGUCUAAGCAGGAGAAGACUGUUCAUGAUGUUGAGGAGUAUUUUCAGGAACGAGGGCCAACUGUCACAUUCAGUAACUUGCACUACUGUGUUCAGGAGAAGAGGUUCUGCUGCAAGAGAGGUCCUGAAAAAUGCAUCCUCAAAGAUGUGAGUGGCAUCAUGAGACCUGGGAUAAAUGCUAUCAUGGGUGCCACCGGAAGUGGUAAAACAUCGCUGCUAGAUGUAAUCGCAGGAAGAAAAGACCCUGCUGGACUGCGGCAAGGAAAAGUCUUGGUGGAUGGCAAAGUCGUCACGUCUGACCUCAGGCUCAGCUCUGCCUAUGUGGUUCAGGAUGAUAUCCUGAUGGGCACUCUGUCUGUGAGGGAGAACCUUCUGUUCAGUGCCAACCUGCGUCUCAGCCCUAAGCAUCACUCCUCUGCAGAUAAAAAGAGCAGAGUAGAUGCCAUCAUACAAGACCUGGGACUAACAGACUGCGCAGACACUAAGAUAGGGACAGAGUUUCUGCGUGGUGUAUCUGGAGGUGAAAGGAAGCGGUGCAGCAUCGGGAUGGAGCUCAUCACCUCUCCGUCUCUGCUGUUUUUGGAUGAACCGACCACCGGACUGGAUUCUAACACUGCAAACUGUAUCAUCAGUCUACUGCAUAACCUGACCAGAAGAGGAAAGACUGUGAUCUUCUCCAUCCACCAGCCACGCUACUCCAUCUUCAGACAGUUUGACCAUCUGACCCUGAUGCAUAAAGGGGAGGUGGUGUAUGCAGGAGCAGCAGACCAUGCACUGGAGUACUUCACAAACCUGGGCUACCAGAUUGAACCCUUCAACAACCCUGCUGAUUUCUUUAUGGAUGUCACAAAUGGAGAGGCAAAAUCAACAUUAGAAACACUUACUGCAGAGUCUACAAACUCGUUGGCAACCAAGUACAGGGAAUCCCAACUGUGCCAGAGUGUCCUUGAGGAGUUGGACCAUGUAAAUCAGAGUAUUGCUGAUGGGGCCAAAGGACAAAACAAGGCAGCUGAUUAUGCUACGUCUUUCCUCUAUCAGAUACGUGUGGUGUGUGGUAGGACUGUGCUGAACAUACUCAGGAACCCUCAAACCUCUUAUGGCCAGUUGGCUCUCAACAUCUUUUUUGCAGUUCUGGUGGGACUCAUUUAUUUCCAAAUGCCCUUAACACUGCCUGAGGCUCUACAGAACAGGAGUGGAGCGUUUUUCUUCCUUAUCAUCAACAUGGUCUUUGGGAAUCUCUCUGCUGUUGAACUCUUUAUCAAUGAAAGGGCGAUCUUCAUCCAUGAAAACUCCAGUGGCUAUUAUCGUACGUCCGUCUACUUCCUGUCCAAGAUCUUUGCUGAUCUCAUCCCCAACCGCAUCAUCCCCAUCUUUAUAUUUUCAGCCAUCGCCUAUUAUAUGAUGGGUUUGAAUCCUGGCUUUGUGUCCUUCCUUUGUUUUGCCCUGACCAUGUCCCUGGUCAGUCUGGCAGGAGUCGGGCUGGCCUUCCUCGUCUCAGCGAGUGUAUCUACAUUUGCCAUGGCUAACAUCCUCAUUGCUCUACCAUUCGUCUUCAUGAUGGUUUUUGGUGGUUAUCUUGUCAAUCUCAAUGCCAUGCUGAACUGGCUCUCCUGGCUGAAAUGGAUCAGUAUCUUCAGAUAUGGACUGAAUGCUGCAUUCAUCAACGAGCUGUCCGGACAGUUGUUCUACAACGGCACCACCGUUAUCCCAGGGGAGGUGUUCCUGAAAGCCCAGGACAUCGACUACUCUGUGUGGGGCUUUUGGCAGAACGAGGUGGCUCUGCUGGGAAUCACAUUGGUCUGCAUGUUCUUGUCCUAUGUACAGCUACGACGAAUCAACCGCUGGAAAUGAUGCCCAUCCAUCUGUUUAUACAUCCAUCGACCAUGCACUGUGACUUUAUUUAUUUAACAGGCCUCAACUGAAACACAUAACAUCAUUUGUGGAAAUAUGGGAAAGUUAUUGUUAUACUAUAUGUGCGCACCAGAUGAAAUAAGCUUUCUAAUACAUUUAAAUUAUUGUGUAAAAUCAAAGUAGUUGUUAAACAUUUCACAUGAAAUCUCUUUCACUCCCUCACAGUCACACACAUGAACAAACACACGUGUUGCAACAUUUGACUCCAGGAUGGAUAAGCCGUCACUAAGCAUACUUGGUCUGUGCACGAGGGAAUGUACAGUGACAGCCAAGCCAACGUCUAAGUCCUUACAAAGCUACUUACUGUGAGCAGAACAGUAAAAGUCCAUGCAUAAAGUGAUUCCCAUUUUAUUAAUUUAAUUACCUUUCAGAACCAGGGAAGAAACUGUCAUUGUAUUUUUAGUUUAAUAUAUAUAUUUGUUGUUACAAACUUCUUAACUUAUCUUAUUAUACUUAUAAAAGUAACAUAUCAAUGGCAGUAUGUAGCUUGGACUGGUAGUUGGAGAGCAUGUAAACUCAAGCAUAUGUAAAACUUGAUUAUGUGAAUUGAAGAAGAGUCACACAUGAAAAAAUUACUUUAUUGCUCACCGUCUGACAGUAUGACAUAUGUAUUCUGUACCAUUUUGUACCAGCUCUUUAAUGAAAAUUAUGUUUACAGUGAGUAAAAUUUCUAAAACUAUGACAUCAUGACUUUUAAGGCUGCGCCAUUGCAUUAAAUAGAAAUAUUCUACAUGCCUUUGCAUCAUUUUAUACACACCACCCUUAAAAUUCAGCAUAUUUGGAAACUUAAGGAUUUCCACUAAAACUUAAUUGUCUCAGGUUUGAGUAAAGUUAGCUGCACAACAAGAUUUUUAAAAUGAAAAUGUAGAAAUAAUAAACAAUAAACAACGUU